AUGGGCAAGAGCAAUCCGCCACAGUCCCCACUGCCGACCCCGCAGUCGCUGACGCCCGUCGUCACCGCCGGCUACAGCACCAAGCUAUGGGAUGCCAGGGCCCCCAAGUAUUCCAAGAACGUCAUGAGGAGCGUCUGCAUCUUCCUCUGCGUCGUGACGUUCUGUGAAGAGCUCGCCGGCUGCGGCGUCAACCAGUCGCUCAAGAACUUCUUCCAGAAGCUCGAGUGGUCCAACAAAGGCUCCAACUCCAUGAAGCUCACGUACGACUCGCUCAGCCAGUUCGCUUGUAUCGCCGCGGCGUUCAUCGCAGACCAGUACCUGGGAAAGUACAGGACGCUGCUUGGCGCGACCUCAUUCAGCCCGCUCGGCUUCGUGCUGAUCAUGAUCGCAGCCUUGCCGUCCGUCCUGGAGAACCAAAUGUUGAACAAGGUGCUCUUCUGCGUCGGCCUCUUCCUGGGUAUCGCACUGAAUCAAGUUGGCAUGAGUUCGCUGUUGGUAUCAUUCGGCGGCGACCAGUUCUCCCCGGCGUCUCCUCCUGAGCAGCGAGCGUCGUACUUCAGCAUCAACUACUGGUCAUCAAACUUGGGUGUCGCUAUCAACUACGCGGUGUUUCCGUCGCUGUGUCUGAACGGCGUUGGAGCCAUCCCCGCGGACUACGGAUACGUCGCCGUCUUCGCUAUCGGCUUGGCGCUAAUGCUGUCAAUCAUCGCGAACUUGAUUGCUACCCGCCGUCGCUACAUCCACGUCCCUCCCACGAAGAGCGCGCUUGGAAGUGUGAUCCAUGUGGUGGUCUGUAGCUGCAAGCACAGCUUCAGUGCGAAAAUGAUUGUACUUGGCGCGAUCCUGUACUUGGCCGCGUUGUUCCUCAACAUCCUUGCGGCAUUCAUGUCGGAUGAUGGCGAGACCGGCCAUCGCAUCUCAUACGUCUGUGGCGCUCUCAUCGUUGUAGCUACCGUCCUUUGGAUCUACUUCGGACAAGAUGUAUCCAUGCAAGUUAUCUACAUAUUGCCGUUCAACGCGUUCAACAUGUUCUGGUGGGUCUGCCAAAAUCAACGCGGAAACAACCAGACUAUCAUCCAGCAAACAGUCGUGCGCCUCGGCAGCUCCCCAGACUCGACUCAAAUUCCGGCGCCAACUGUGCAGUUUUUCAACCCUGGCCCCGGUUUGUUGGCUGUUCCGUUCUUCCACAACCUGGUCUACCCACUCUACGAGAAGUUCGUCGGCAAGCCACCCAGCAGGUACAGCAAAGUAGCUGCUGGCUAUGUUGUUGCCAUUAUCGCCAUGGUGUGGACUGGUGUAUUCGAGAUCAUCCGUCUCAACUCCCCUCUUCUCACCUACGUGGAUGCUAGCGGUGAGACGCAGUACAUCUACAACAACAAUGGUGGACAGCCCAUGAGCGAUAUCCGAUGGUACAACGCCAUUCCCCAGUAUGUCCUCGUUGGUGCAGCAACAGUCCUCAUCCAAAUUCCCACGUACGACAUUGGGUACUCCGAAGUUCCGUUGGCUCUUCGUGGCGUGUCGAUUGCGCUCGGUCUCUUUAUGAACUCCAUGGGCAGCACGCUACUGUCGGUGAUCGUGUUGCUGUUUGGCAAGGAUAUCCCCGCGAACUUGAACGACGGCCACAUGGAGAAUAUGUACUUUACGAUCGCUGCGGUGAUGGUGGUCAACCUUUUCUUCUAUCUCGUCGUCAUGCAGAAGAUGAAGUUCGGCAUGAUCCCUCGACCGGGAAAGGAAAUUAUCGAGGAAGACGAUAAGAACCUGCCAGCUUACAAGCUUUCGACGGAUCGUCGCAGCAUUAAUUAA